CAGUUGUUAUGUCGCUCCGCCUUUUCUGUCGCAUCUUAGCUCUAACAUCUCCUCACACAUUCAGACGGACAAGAAAUACACGGCAAUGCACUUUAGUCUGAUAUUUACAGCAACUUUCCGAUGGAGCUGAUCUGUCUUAAACGGGUCUUCACACUACUGACAGUUGCGAUCAUCUUUGCUACUCUUUUUUUCAUCUACUUCGAAAUUAACACGACAACAAGAGUUUUAGAUACCUUCCUACCAGUGUACUGCAUGAAGCUCCGUCACAGGUUUUCCAAAAUCACUUCAAACAGAAUUGAUAUCCAAAGCUUCACUAAGGAUCUUUCAGCAUUGAUGAACUGUCCACCCCUGUCCAACAUCACCAUGAAGGAGUUACACAGAGUCAGACUGCGUUCCUGUUGUAAUGCAACGGGUGUUUUAUAUCUGACAAAACAGAACACAGCUGUCGAUGAGGGAAUUCCCUUUGAAGUUAACUCAAAACGGAGCUACAAAAUAAAUGCUGCACUUCAUGACAUGCUGCCUGAGGAGUUUCCCUGGAGUAAGCGUCCUCUCAGUCAUUGUGCUGUGGUGGGCAGUGGAGGGAUUCUGAAGAACAGUAGUUGUGGAAGAGAGAUUGACAGUGCAGACUAUGUCAUCAGGUUUAACAUGCCUCCUGUUAAUGACAGUGAUGUUGGGUUAAAAACCGAUCUGCUCACUGUUAAUCCCAGUCAAUUGACACGCUUUGGAAACAUAAAAGUUAAUCCAGAUAAAUUAGUGCAGCGUUUGAGUUUGUAUGGAAACUCAUCCAUCAUCGUUCCAGCCUUUGCAUUUUCAGCUUACACUAAUGUAGCCAUCAACACACUCAAAGUGCUCCGGGCGAUCAGACCUCACCAGCGAGUCGUCUUCUUUUCACCAAACUACCUUAAGAAAUUGGCUGGUCUCUGGAAGGGGCGUGGCUUGAAGGUCUUCCGCCUCUCCACAGGUUUUAUGUUAAUCAAUGUGGCACUAGAACUGUGCGAUCACGUGCACGUUUAUGGAUUUUGGCCAUUUGGGAUCAAUCUGCAACAGCAAGAGGUUCCACAUCAUUAUUUCGACAAUGUUGGACCAAAACGUGGUUUUCACUCCAUGCCAAAAGAGUUUCUCAAUUUACUGCAGUUCCACAGCCAGGGGGCGCUAACACUGCACCUACAGCCCUGCUCAUGACUAAAAGAUCUUGGGCCUGAUUUAUAAAUUAUAUGAUAAAUUUAUUAAAAAAAAAAAAAAAUAUAUAUAUAUAUAUAUAUAUAUAUAUAUGAAUAAAUUAUUCAGUUUGUUCACA